ACUCAAGUGUGCUUCCAGAUGCUUCUAGGACUACAAUAUUUUUCUGCCUAAGGCAGAAAUCACAUGACAGGCCAAAAUAUCACCGACUCCACAUUUGAGCUUCAGAUCUCCGCUCCCAUCCGCACUGUUCUCCCUCAUAGCGCUCGAUUAACAAGAUUCACACAUUAAUUCUUACUAAUUGACAUCUAUAACACCACCCACGAAGAUACUAAACUCCCACUAAUCAAUCCUCAACGACCAAAUGUUCUCCUUCUUCCGCCGGGGCCCUCGCCAAACCUCCGAAACAUCCUCAGAACAAGCAAACCCCCAACAAGCCAACCAACCUCAUCCAUCACAACCCCAAGCACAAGUACAAAAUCAACAACCCGAACCCGAGCCCGAAAUAAAACUCAUCAACCCCCAAACAAAACACAAACUCCUGGUUGGCGGCCUCGCAUUCUUCGCCUUCUCCCUGUGGACCACCCGCCGUUCGUUAAACCGCCGCUAUCUCGCCUCCGUUCCGCCGUUCUACACCUCCUCGCUUUUCCACAAGCCAGAUGUUAGCGGUGGCGCGGAGGCUUUCGAAGCGCUGAAUCUGGCGACGCUGAAUGUGCUUUCCUUCGGGAUGGCGGCUACGGGGGGUGUUUUGUGUGCGUUGGACAUCAAUGGGAUUGAUGAUUUGAGGAGGUUUGUGAGGCGGGGUUUUCACGGUGAUGGUGGGGAUGUGAUGAAGGUGGAUAAGGAGUUGGAGGAUGAAGUUGAGGCUUGGGUGGGGAAUGUGCUGGGGGAGAAGUUUGCGGUGGAGUUGAAGAAGGAGAAGGAGAGGCAGAGGAAUGAAAAAAUGGAGGGAGGGAAUUAGUUGAUGGAGACGUUAUUGUCGCUGAGCAAUUACCUAUGGAAUAUGGCUUGGGAUGAUAUGGAAUAAGAUGGAUAUUAGGGCUUGGGCUGGCGUUGAUGUGUAUAUGUCGAUGGUCAUGCAUGU